UCAGAUAUUCUGGGGCGCUAACGUCACUGCUCAGGCUGCGAGGCGGCGCGGAUGCGUUUUUCUCCUUUAAGCCUUAAAAGUGUCAACAAAAGCACAUCCACGGCGUUUUCUGCUCCAAGCUGCGACGCCGCGCUCCCGCCUGGCACCGCCCCUGAAGCGGGCGCGCGGCGCAGCAUCCUCCGUGCCGCAUCCAGAAGUGGAUGAGGAGGUCCGGCAGACAGGGAGGGGUCCUUUCAUUUGUGGGCUGCCUCCUCCUGGACGGAGCCCGGUUAUGCUCCAGCAGGGAUGGCAACGGGAGAUGCCUCGAAAAAAGCCUCACCUCGGAACGCGGCGGCGGACAGAAAGAACCUCAUCACGGUCUGCAGGUUUUCUGUUAAGACGCUCUUAGAAAAAUACACAGCCGACCCCAUUGAUGAUUCCUCUGAGGAGUUCAUCAAUUUUGCUGCAAUCCUUGAGCACAUCCUCAGUCAUUGCUUCAAAGGCUCUGGUAGCUGGUUUGAUGGUCAGAGGAGUUAUUGGGAUUAUAUCCGCCUUGCCUGUGCUAAGGUCCCCAACAGUUGCAUCGGUAGCAUUGAGAGCAUGGAAAACAUUAGCACCUCAAGAGCAAAGGGCCGAGCUUGGAUGAGGGUAGCCCUGAUGGAGAAGAGGCUGUCUGAGUACAUUGGCACAGCUCUGAGGGACAGCAGAACAACGAGGAGGUUUUACUCAGAGGGAGCCAUCAUGUUGAGGGAAGAGGCCACAGUGCUGACAGGGAUGCUAAUAGGCCUCGGAGCCAUAGAUUUUAGUUUCUGUCUGAAAGGUGAGGCUCUGGAUGGGAAAUCAGCUGCAGUGAUUGACUACACUCCAUACUUGAAGUUUACACAGAGCUAUGAUUACUUGAGCGAUGAUGGUGAGGAUGAGCGCAGCGUUGACAGCAGCACAAGUGACGACAGCGUCCCUGAACACCCUUACAUUCCUCUGGUCACAGAAGAAGAGAGCUGGAGCACAAAGUGUCGCAGGAUGGAGCAGAGGUUCAAGAUCGUCAAUGCUCAGAAGGGUUACUUAGAGGAACUUGUGCGUCUGCGUGAAUCCCAGCUGAAGAACACAGAGAUAGAAAACAAGAAGCUGAAGAUCCAACUGGAGGAGCAACAGAGCCAGAACCAACGAGAAAAACAGGAAUUAGAAGGUGUCAUCCUCGAACUUCAGGAGCAACUGACAAGUUUGAUUCCAUGUGACCCUAAACACUUGUCAAAAAACCUCUCAAUUCCUCUGGUCAAUCAGUGGAUAACACCUGAGCCAUACAACAGCCAAGACGACAUGAAGCUGUUCCGCAGAAGGAGUUUCCCAAGUACAGAGCUGCUGCAUCUGGAAGUCACCCUGGAUUCUGACCCCCAGCGGAUGGAGGGGAAGCAGAACGGUGGAGCCUGGAGCACAGAAAAGGACUAUACCCCCUCCAUGAUGGGCCUGUGUGGGUCCUUGGCUUCACUCCCAAGCUGCAAAUCUCUGAGCAGCCUGAAGUCCAGCGAGUGCCUGGUCCACAUCAGCACAGAAAACAGUCCUUCCCUGUCUCCCAGCUAGGGGGCGCCAAAGAAUCACUGCCAACAGACACUAAGACAAUUCAAACAAAUGCCCCUAAUGAACUGACACUUGCUCUCCUUUUGAAUCCUUUUACCUUUAAGCUCCAAGCCUGGCAAUGUCUCAACUUACACCUUUAAGCAAAAGUGUAAGAAAAGCUGCUGAGCUGCCUCAUGGUAUGUUACGAGUUUCUCCUUGAAUGCAAACAGCUGGUUUAAGCUUGACUCCUGUUGAACCAUAUAAAACAGUUUUGUGCAUCUGCAGGCACUUGUUGGUCACAGCCAUCACUGUAGGAAAUAGUUGACUGUCCGCACCCCUUUUUCUUCAACUCUUACCAGUCUCUCUAUUCUUCCAGUUGCAUAGUACUGACAGAGUGGAUGAACUGUUGUGACUUUGUAAAGAGCAGAGUCAACAUUUUAUUACAAUGUUUACUCUAAUAUGGUGAGAAACGGCAGCAGAGCUGUGUAUGGAGAUCAUUUAGAGAAACAAAAAAGCAGCAUUAUAACAUUUAGGAAAAAAUGACCCGUUAGGCCUUAUUUAAGCAUACUCUAGACUACAUAAUAGAUUAUGACACGUGGUUAUUUUCUCAAGGUUUGAUUGCUGAAAUGUGAAGAUAUAGACAAACCUUACAUUAAUUGCAGUAAAAUGCAAUGUGAAUUGUGACUAUGCAGAAUAUUUUCUUUCCUUUCCUGCAGACUUGGACUGAAAUCUGAUGUUUUUUUGCAGGAAGGCUAUUGUGAAUACGCAACUUAAGUGUGUCUUUGUUUGUCAAAUUCCUUCCCUGUUUGUUUUUAAUACUCUACUCAAAUAAGUCAUCGUGUAAGUUGCAAUCUGAUGUGGCGUUGCUGAAAAGCUGGGAAACAUUGUGUCAUUUAAACCUGCAAUAAAACUGCCUUUUUUAAAUGUUA